CGUGUGUAGCUGUGCUUGGAGCAGUCCUCUCCGCUCAUUCUCGAGGCCAUUGGGGCUUUGUCCGUGUUGAUUCAGUUGCGUAACACAAGAGACUAGGCGGAUGACCAUUGGACCAGCUGUAGAGACGUUUUAGGCGCAUGCGUGCUGAUAAAGGGGUUAUACGAAGAACGGAAAAUACUCGUCAGUUUGCCAUCUGUUUCUAGCGAUGUCGGACGCGGAGCAGGAGGCAGGAAUUGUGGCGCGGCUGCGGCGGCGCGGGGAGCAGGCGCUGGCGCACGCGCGGGAGCUGCUGCGCUCGAGCGAGUGGCGCGUGGACGCCGAGGAGGCGCGCACGGGCGACCGCGUGCAGUCGGCGCACGUGGCCGGCGUCGGCCGCGUCUUCCUGCUCACGGCAAUGUACGACUGCACUGCAGACGAACUGUGGAAAAUUCUUUGUGAAGACAUCGACAAACUUCCCAAGGGAGAGACGGUGAUCAGCCUGUACUCCGUGCAGCCGGACGAGGCGACUGCGCGUACCCGCCUGCACUUCCUGUCGUGCUGCCGCCUGGGCGGCUGGCUGCCGCAGUCCGCCAUCGAGCGCUUCUUCGUGCCGUCCUACCUCGACUUCGCCGCGCACCUGCGCAAGCACGUGCGCAAGUGACAUCGACAACGGAACAUCGACGGUUCGAAGCAUCCACGUUCGAAAUUAAAACUUCGUCGUUGAUAAUUUGACAUUGAUGGUUUUAAACCGCGGUACUAAAAAUUAUUUGAAGAAUGGAGAUCUUCAUCCAGUCUCUCCUCCCUAAAAAAGACCCUGGAGAUUAUUGCCCAACCCCCAAACCACCCUACACUUCGCAGCGGUUCAACACUAAAAAAGAAACGAGGAGUUACUCGAUAAAAUCCAAACGCUCUGUUUGUCCAUGUCGGACCCAUCUCACCUUCCACGUUUACUUGUAACUGAGACUAUUCUAGAAUGUAGAAUCUCGUUGUUCUCUUCAGAUUCUUUUUCUCCUGUCAUGUCGGUCUGCAAGAAUGUUAAAUUAAGUGGCUUGAAUCUGAUUUUUGUUUUGUUUUGACGGAAUUUUUUCCUUCAAAAAUUAAACAUUGACGACCUAAUUGAGUUCAAAAAUCGAUACUAAAAACAUCGGGUUCAAUAAAUCGAUGAUAAAAACUUUGAUGUUUUUCACAAAAACUUCGGAGUUUACAAUACAUUCGACUUCCAUGUCGCAUCUCCACUCCAUUGAAGAGGUCCACAUGCUCUCGUGAUAGAAACAGUUUUGCCUGAUCUGUUUCAUCGUUUGGGGGAAACACUAAUAUUGUCACAACCGAGAGGGUAAAACUGUCAUAAAUGAAAUCAGUCUGCUUCUGAUUUUCUUCGCGAUCCAUUCGUGUUUGUAUGUCUUCUGUAAAGCGGGAGUGCUUGCGCGUAUUCAUGUACCGGAUACAGUUGUACAGUUGUAUUCAUGUACCGGAUCUUGUUCAUAGAAAGUGAAUAGUGGAAUCAUGAGGAAGAACAAGUAUUUCUUUACUUUUCAUAAGAAUGUAAGUAAUGUUUCAUAUAAAUGUAAGUAAUCUAAGUAGUAAACAGAGGUGUCAAGGAGUUAAAAACAUUUCUGUUGUGAUUUUGAACAACUUUCCGUCUUUCCUUUCUAGAGUUUUUGAAAAAAAAAUUUACUCAAGAUUCUUUCCUUUAUUAUUGCUGCAUAUAAUUGCAGAAUAGUUUCGACACAGGUAUUGUUAUUAUUGUGUAAGUAUAAGAAAAGUAUAAGAAUUCAGUUUGAGCAUAUCAAAUAUGUCACGAUACAUGUCAAAUGUAAGGUUAAAAAUUUAUUCUAUGUAAUUUUACGUGUUAUUUAAUGACUUACCCUUGAAAUUCUACGAAUAUAAAAUUACGAUAUCCGGAGACAUUAAGUAUUUUUGUUUUUGACAGCUCUUAAUAAACGUAUUUUCACUUACUCUGUCUUACUAUGUACUCCAGUAGUAGCUAUCCGUAGUUUUACUUUGUCUCCACUAGGAUCGUUAGCUGUAUGGGCGCAUCCCUAAUUAGCCAAAAAAACGGGCUAAGCUGCGCUACUAUCUUGAUACGAAUACUGUGGUUCUACUAAAAUCGAACCGACAAAACUGGGUGAGUGUGAGUGCCUUCGGGAUACAGUUAAACUUAAAACGAACGAAAAACUGCUGACUUAUAAUUUCCUUCAGGAUAUAGGUUUGUGUAUGUCCAUAUGCUGUAGGUCCGCGCCGGACAAACUUCUUUCCGGACCUAGUGCGCUGAAGGUAGUGACGAGACAAAGCCGAACACUUGCUGGGACAAUGGCAAGUAAAGGUAGCGGCUGGCCGGCGGAGAGGUAGGUACGAAGGCGAAGAGGUAGGCAGGCGGAGAGUCAGACGGUCGCCGAUCGACCGGAUCGACUCCCGCUGGAUACGGUUAAACACGAGAGACGCUAACGCAGAUGGGAAAACUGUUACUUACUUUAAUUGGCUGUCCGGGUGACGCCGCGUCCAUGGCGAAGCUGCCGACGUUUCGGUCGCC